UCUGGCCGGAUGGUGAGCUGCACUGCUGCUCACGCGAUCUGGGGCAUGCGCUAAUCACCGCAGUUCCAGUUGCCUUAGGUGCUUGUCUCUGAGGAGACUUCUGCUUAAUCGGAUUUUAAUGGUUUUGAAGCGCGUAUGUAGACCGCGCGUGAUUUGGCACUGAGGUGGACUAACUUUGAUCUAGCGUUUUCAUCAACACAAAUACACCAUGUAGACGAGGUUGGUGUUCCAAAUCUAUGUGUCCAGAUAAAUAGCCAUUGCUUUUGCUUUCACCGAUCCCAAAUAGGUUCCCCAAUUCUCGGCACGAUUCUGCAAAUUCAAAUAGCCACUGAGAAUACUGAUAGCUUCAGGUGCUGUGUGUCCAAUGCUCAUUCCCCUAGGAGCGGAUUGGCUGGUGAUGAUGCCAUGGAGUCGGAGGAAAUGCUCGCGAUGCUGUACAGUAUGGCAAUCAUGAGGCUUGUAAAUGGUUUUGUGGAGAAUCAACAUAAGAAAACUGGCCGUUCAAUAUCUGAACUAGCUGAGGCUGUUGGAAUACCACGAGUUCUGGUGGACAUUCGCCAUGAAAGUUCCCAUCGCAACCUUCCCUCCCUGCGACUGUUACGCCUGGCAAGUAUUAAGGGUCUGAGAAACUGAUUAUCAAAGCCAUAAAGUACACUCGACGGCUAUACUAUGCUUGUCCCUUUGAGGUUGUUUCUAUUCUACUGGAUCAUAUGCAACUGGAUGCUCCAGAGUCCCCUGAAAGCAGUGACAUGCAAGAAAUUCAUAGUUUGGGUGUUUAUCAGUCAUCUGACACUCAAAUAUCAAAAAGUGAUAUGAAAACUAUCACUGGUUCCUCAUAU